UGUCCCUCCUGUAACCAGACAGAGGACGGGGGCGGAGCCUCCAGGACUGAAAGCCAAGACGGAGCCAGCAGCUGGUAGCAGCACCAAGAAGAACGAGGUGAAGCCAGAGGGAGAACGUGACUCCGACUAAUAGGCUGGGGCCUGUUUCUGAAGGCGUCCAGAGAGAGAAGGUUUGGGAGAAAAACAAAGCCAGAUGUGAACGUUGUUCUGUGUCGGAUCUGCUGCCUUGAGGGGAGAUAAUACAGCGACGCCUCAUCAUGGUGGACCUGUUUGCUGACCGGGUUCUUGUGAAGAACAACAAGGACCAGGACGAGCUGGACACGGAGCGCGAGAUCGUCACGCGUCUGCAGAACCGAAUCCUGAUGCUCUUCUUUGCCUCUGCUGAAUCCGACACCUGCCAGCGGUUCGCUCCCACGCUUCACGACUUCUUCAAACAGCUGACCGAUGAGUUCUACGUGGAGCGCUCCGCUCAGCUGGUGCUGCUCUACGUCAGUCUGGAUCAGUCAGAGGAGCAGCUAGAAAACUUCCUGAAAGAGCUCCCAAAGAAGUCCCUGUUCCUCGCCUACGAGGAUCCUUACAGAAGGGAGCUGGAGACCAUGUUCGACGUGAGAGAGGUUCCCACCGUGGUGGUCCUGCGUCCCGACUGCUCCAUCCUCAUCCCCAACGCGGUGGAGGAGAUAACCCGCCUGGGUCCGGACUGCUACCGCAACUGGCACGAGGCGGCCGAGCUCAUCGACAGAAACUUCCUCACCAAGGAGGACUUUGAGGACAAGUCCAUGCGCAGCUUCACCGACCCCGUCAGACGACUCAAGUACAAGGUGGAGGACGAGAAGAAGAAGAAGAAGGAGGAGGAGAAGAAGAAAAAGAAGCAGCGGCGAGGCUGGGGCGUAGGAGGCGACGAGGGCGAGGAAGCCGGAGCAGACGAUAGGGACGGUGGAGGGUCGAUGUGGUGAUGGAGAGAACGAUGCUGUGAAUUUGUCCCAAAGUUGCUGCUUUAUUAGAGUUUGGAAGCUUUUUUUUUUCUACCCUUGUAAGAGUUCUGUUGCAUGGCAAAUUUCAUAAUAAAUAUGUUGUUUAUGGCAUUUUAAAAAAAUGAUUUUCUUUUUUAUUAUAUAUUAGGUGUCAUGUUCCAAGCUUUUCUGUGUAUUUAUUUAGAGUUUUCUAUGUCUCUGAGUCUCCGUGCUGUCCUGUCCUCCCCUUGAUUGUUCCCUGGUGUCUCUCGUUUCCUUGAUUACCCUCUGUGUAUUUAACUCCACCUGUGUUCCUUGUUCCUCGUCGGGUCCUUGUUGUGUGUCUAAGAAAGUCGUGUGUUGUCGUCUGUCCUGGUGCUACCAGUGCUGAGCCUCUGCCUUCCGCUCUGCUGUGCUGCCAGGAUUUUGGACUUUGUUUUGGAUUUGUUUGCACCUCAUUUCUAAUUCUUAAAUCACCAUUAUCAUCUCA